GUUUGUCAUGAAUCGAUGCCAAUUCGUUUUGAGGCUCGAACAAUCGCUUGGCCGCCGGUUUGUCUGAGCUGCCAUGAGUUGGACGCAUGCUGUCGUGAAAGGAUGGACACCCAGAGCCAGGUUGUGGACAGGUUGCGGGCGGUCUUUCGUUCAGGCGUCACAUUACCAGAGCAGUUUCGUAAAACGCAGCUGAACAAGCUCAUGUCCAUGAUCAGAGAAAAUGAGCAGCAGAUUUUGGAUGCGUUGCACAAAGACCUCGCCAAGCCAAAAUUUGAGGCCGUCCUGUCUGAGCUUGACAUAGUGUUCAAUGAGGUGUACUACGUCAUCGCCAACUUGAAAACCUGGAUGCAGCAGGAGUAUGUCGGUAAAAACAUGAGGGUGUUGCAAAUUGGAGGGCUGACACUCAGGCGGUCCAUCCACCACAGUCCAGUAUGGAGGAAUCCUCUCAUACCUAUAGUUGUGGAGCAGACGGGAAGAGGAGAACAAGUGCACGAUCUCCAUUCUCGCCUCCUGAGGAAGAGAAUCAUUUAUUUAGCGGGUCAUAUUGAUGAUUCUGCAGCCAAUCUGGUAAAUGCCCAGCUGCUCUUCCUACAGUCAGAAAACACCAGCAAACCCAUCCACAUGUACAUCAACAGUCAUGGUGGUGUCGUGACAGCAGGCCUGGCCAUCUACGAUACCAUGCAGUACAUCUCAAACCCCAUCUUCACCUGGUGUGUCGGCCAGGCAGCCAGCAUGGGCAGCCUGCUCCUGGCAGCGGGAACCAAAGGGAUGAGGCAUUCACUGCCAAACGCCCGUAUCAUGGUUCACCAGCCAACAGGAAGCUCCAGUGGUCAGGCUACAGAUAUCGCCAUCCAGGCUGAGGAGAUCAUGAAACUGAAGAGACAGAUCAAUCAGAUCUUUGCCAACCACACAGGGCAGCCACUGGAAACUAUUGAGGGUUUACUGGAAAGGGAUCACUACAUGAGUCCCAUGGAGGCACUGGAUUUUGGACUAAUAGACCGGGUCCUGGUCCACCGACCCCUUGAUGAAUUGUCCUCCUAUACUCCAAUGACCUAUAAGCCAGAGUGGGGACAACACUGCAUUCUACACAUGUAGAGGCACAAUGCAGUGAUCGGGCCUGACAUGAAGGGAAGUCAUCAGACACAGUUUCAAAUCGUUUUAAAAUGUUGGUAACAGGUCUUUAAAAUGAGUCAAUUCAUUUUUUGAACUCCACACACAAGUUGGUUAUUAUUCAACCCUGAGAGAAAGUAAGAAAGCUAAAGGAGAUUCUCUACACAGUUUUCUGUUCUUGUUCUGUUCCUCCUUGCUGCAGAGAUGUCCACUGAAGACUGCUGAAGGUUUUGUAUUAUCUGUAUUUGAAUAUAUAUAUAUAUAUAAAUAAAGAUACUUUUGACCACAA